AUGUCUCCCUUGCAAAGCGAAUUAUUCUCUAAAUGGUCCAAGGCGUUUGAUUCAGAAAGACACAAGCUUCUUGCGAUCAGGCGACAAGAAGGAAUCGAAGAAGUAAAACGAAAGGGAAUUAUUAUUGACAAAAAAGUGUCACUUAAAACUUAUCUUAAGUUUUGUAAAGGAGAACCAAGCAUUUCUGUCAAAUACCAUUUAAUCGAUGGAAAAAUCGAAGCCUACGAAAUGCCUCUCAACCCUCACGGACUGAUACAAGGGGAAUUGAACGAAAUGUAG